AUGAAUCCAGUUCGUUCUGAGCAGGAUUGGCGGCGAACCUUCUGGGUCUUCAGACAUUUCCAACUCCACACACUUGGACAGACCAAGAUGGAGCUUGCUGAUCAUCGGAGGGCUCUGGUCAAAAGUACCAGCGGAUGGCCAGGUGCUGGAGUCCUGGGCUCCCUGGGUGUCUUUGCUAGCGUCUGCUCAAGUUCAGGUGCUCGUGGUGAGAGUGACUAUUCUCCAGACUUCCCCGACUAUGGUAUACCACGAUUGACUGACUAG